AUGACCAAAGAUCUCUACGACCCCUCGAUCCCGACCUCCCGCGGCGAUGCCGACGCCGCCGCGGCCGCCCGAAAGCCCGCAAACAACAUCGUGCAAGGCACGUCCGCGGCGGGAGUUCGGGCCGUGGGCACGCAGCUGGUGGCUUUUUACUUUAGGGCGCCGGUAAAGGCGUUUUUUAGGAUGAGGGUGGAUUAUAUGCAAAUGGUGCGCGCCGUGAACCCACUGAUCCAGGCGGGCGAGAGAUGGUCUUUCCGGCAGACGACGCCGCUGCUGCUCGCCCACGCCGUCAAGCACUACGGCUGGGGCUUCAUCCCGAACCAAGUCCUCCCACCCCUAAUAGCAAACGCCUCCGUCGGCGCCCUCCUCUACACCACCUACCUCACCACCCUCUCGACCCUACACGCCCCCUCCUCCCACCACUCCCGCCGAGUGCACCCCCCACCGUCCCCCACCGCCACCUUCACCGCCGGUCUCCUCGCCGGCACCCUCCAAUCCAUCGUCGCCGCCCCCCUCGACGCCAUCGUCAUCCGCUUCAAAGUCAGCGAAAUGCUCACCGGCCAAUACUCGUCCAUGUGGACGUACGCCCACCACAAGCUCCGCGAGAUCGGCCCGCGCGGCGUCUUCGCCGGCUACGGCCUCUCACUGCUCAAAGAGAGCCUCGGCUACGGCGUAUUCUUUGCGGCUUUCGAGGGCGUCAAGCAGCAGGGCUUCUACGGCUAUGCGCGGUGGUACUAUGGGCGUGGCCUCCGGCCAGGCGAAGAGACGACGGUGAAGCCCCAUUUUACGAUGGAGCCGGCGUUCCUGCUGGCCGCGGGGAUCUCGGCGAGUGUGUUGCAGCAGGUGGUGCAGCAUCCACUGGGGAAGGUGCAGGAUGUGCAUUGGGGACGGCUGGAGUCGAUGGAUUAUGCCGAGAAGCUGGCGCCGCGGGGUGGGGGCGCGGGGGUGAAGGCGGCGUGGAGGGUGUAUGCGAAUGCGUAUAGGGAUACGUGGGUGCAGUGUGCGCUGCAGAAGGAGAAGGUUGGCGGAUGGGCGAGGUGGCUGUAUAGAGGGUUUGUGAUGAAUACGCUGCGCCAGGUGCCGAGUACGAGUGCGGGGCUGAUUGUAUUUGAGUUGGUGAGAAGGCGGUAUGCGCUUGUGGGGGAGGAGGCGGCGAUAAGGGUCGAGGGCGAGGAUGGCGGCGUGGUCACCAUUUUGUUGAAUUAG